ACGUUUUAUGAAGAUAAAAACAAAUAGGAUAAGCCAGGAUAGAACCUCAUUUCCAAUCUAUUGCAGACUCGAUGCAAGCCUAAUGCGACAUGCUUCAUUACAACAUUGCACGUACACCGAGGCGCGUGAUUCACUGGCCAGAUAGGGAUCAAUGUGAUUUGAAAAACAAUUACUGAUUCAACCACUGCUAAUCUCGAGCCGUAUGAUAAAACCUAACGAAUAAAGUUGAUCUGGAUCAGGGUUCGUCUGUGGGUUAUGAUAAAAAAGCCAAAGAACGGUCGCCUAGCUCGCAGUUCUGUGUAAGCUGUGCAAUCGUUAAACGUUCCGGACAGUAUGAGAAAUUUUUAUAAGACACUAUUGGCCAUCUAUCUCGUUGGAUGUCUUCCAGGCAUUUCUAACGGGCAGCUGUUAUGUUUCCAUUGUGAUGAUUGCGAUACAUCGCUAGUGGAGAUUGUGCAAUGUGGACCAAAUCGACCAAUGUUACCAUUUCCCGAUGAUUCAUCGCCAACCACAACGGUUCCACCGUUGACAACAACUGUAGUGCCCGAAACUACGACCUUGCUGCCACCGUCGAUACCUACUGUUGAACCAGAGACAACAACAUUAUCACCACCAUCGAUUCCAACGGUUGAACCUCCUACAACUACGUCGACGGUUGUUCCAGAGACCACGACAGUUGGUACAUCAACUGUUGAGCCCGAAACAACUACUCUUUGGCCACCGACUAACCCUACCGUUGAGCCCGACACGACGACGAUCACUCCACCGACUAUUCCUACCGUUGAGCCCGAUACAACGACGAUCACUCCACCGACUCCACCGAGUGUACCUACCGUUGAGCCCGACACGACGACAAUCACUCCACCAACUAUUCCUACCGUUGAGCCCGACACGACGACAAUCACUCCACCGAGUAUUCCUACCGUUGAACCCGAUACAACGACGAUCACUCCACCGACUAUUCCUACGGUUGAACCGGAUACAACCACGAUCACUCCACCGACAAUUCCUACCGUUGAACCCGAUACAACGACGAUAAGUCCACCGACUAACCCUACCGUUGAGCCCGAUACAACGACGAUCACUCCACCGACUCCUCCGACUGUUCCUACGGUUGAACCUGACACAACGACGAUCACUCCACCCACUAUUCCUACCGUUGAGCCCGAUACAACAACGAUCAGCACUCCCCCGGGAACACCAAUCUUAACUCCUCCGACGCAUCCUACUUUUACACCAGAACCACCGGGAGCGAGUAGUCCUGGAACACCAAUUUUAACGCCACCGACACACCCGACACCAUAUCCUGGAGCAUUGAAAAUGUUUGGAAUUGCCAUACCGAUUCCUCCCAAUACCACACAGUACGCUUGUUUGUCUGUGAAGCGAACUGAUGUCAACAAUCGAUCGAUCACCACUAGAGGCUGUGCACAAUUGAUGGCGAGUGUGGACCAGACGUGUACACAUGCCACGAACGGUGGUCACACCAGCUGUUCGGUGUGUUUAGGUUCGCUCUGCAAUGCUUACAAUUAGAUCACACAUUUGUACUAUA